CCCACCUCUCCCACCUCUCCCACCACCCAACCCCCCCCUUUUCUCCCCCAGAGGCCCCUGCCCAACAAUGGCACCCAACGUCUUCGCCGUCCCCGUCUUCUUCAUCGUCUUCCGCGAAACCAUCGAAACCGGCAUCAUCAUCUCCGUCCUCCUCGCCUUCCUCAAACAAACCCUCUCGGGCCCCGACUCCGACCCCGCCAUCUACCGCAAGCUCGUCCGCCAAGUCUGGCUCGGCUCCAUCAUCGGGCUCACCCUGUGCCUCAUCAUCGGUGGUGGCGUCAUAGGCGCGUUUUAUGGUCUGAGUCGCAAUGUCUGGCAAUAUACUGAGUAUUACUGGGAGGGUUCAUUCGGGCUCCUGGCGGCGAUAAUUAUUACAGCGCUGGGAGCGGCGCUGUUGAGGGUGUCCAAGAUGCAGGAUAAAUGGCGGGUUAAGCUUGCUAAGGCGUUGAGUGAGAAGUCGGAAAAACGGGAGGCGAAGAGGAAUAGGUUCCAGAGGUGGUGCGAGAGGUACGCUAUGUUCCUUGUGCCGUUUAUUACGGUGCUGAGGGAGGGGAUUGAAGCGAUUGUUUUUAUUGCUGGAGUCAGCUUUUCUAGUCCCGCUGCGAGUGUGCCGUUGCCUGUCGUGAUGGGCUUGUUGGCUGGUGCGGUGAUCGGGUAUAUCAUUUAUAAGGGCGGCGCAACGGCUCGCCUACAGUUCUUCCUCAUCAUCUCAACUUGCUUCCUCUACCUCGUCGCCGCGGGCCUCUUCUCCCGCGCUGUGUGGUUCUUCGAGGCGCAGCUGUGGAAUAAUGCCGUUGGAGGGGACGCGGCGGAGACGGGUGCUGGACCGGGGUCAUAUGAUAUCGGGAAGUCGGUGUGGCAUGUCAAUUUCGGCAACCCCUACCUCAACGGCGGCGGCGGCUGGGGAAUCUUCAACGCCAUCUUCGGAUGGCAGAACUCCGCCACCUACGGCAGCGUGAUCAGCUACAACAUCUAUUGGAUCUUCGUCAUCGCCAUGCUUGCGAGUAUGAGGUUUCAGGAGGUGAAGGGACGCUGGCCUUGGGGAAGGAAGGUGGAGGUGGAUGUGGAGGAUGUGGAGAGGAGUGGGGAUUUGGGGGACGAGGAGAGGACGAAUGUUGUGGAAUCGAGGACUGUGGAGACGGUGGGGGAGUAGAUGGGGGUGGGGGAGUAGAUACCAAAAUUUUGUAUUGCG